AUGAAUACAACUGUUAAUAUAUCAUCGUUGUCUUCAAUCAAUAUAUUUCCAUCAAUAAUUCUUCGCCCUCAAGAUAAUUUACCUUUAACUGAACAAGUUAUAUACGAUUUGCGGAAUAAUAUGAGAAAAGCCAGUGAAGUCAAUGACUUCGACGAUGGAGACUAUAGUGAAGAUGACGAUGUCGACUUUGAAGAAGAAAAUCAUCAACCUCUUUCAUUACUUCCAUCAUCAUCAUCAUUGCCAACAAUAUCUACAACAUUGCGUACGACGAUGUUCAAUUCCCAAAUCACCAAAACUCGAACAACAACUGCGACCACAUUAGUUAAGAUUACUACUAAUCAUCGCGUUGCAGUCAUGGAAAGUAAAUCAUCCGAUAAUAAACUUACAACACCUUCAUCUGCAACUUGUCAUUGCCCGCUAUUUAUAUAUUUCUUAUUUUCGUUUAGUUUCUUGUAUAGAUUCGAUUAG